AAGCUGCGGACAUAGGGGCACACACCGUCUGACCGUCCCCCAACCAGUAGCAAAUUUAUACACCGAGACGCUGCAGUCAUGUCUCGCGUGGUCUGCAUUGAUGACCUUAAGCAGUCGGCCCUGGCCCGUCUGGACAAGAACGCCCUGGGCUACUACAACAGCGGGGCUGACGGAGAGCAGACGCUGAGGGAAAACAUCGCCGCGUUCCAACGGUACCGCCUGCGUCCACGCUGCAUGGUGGACAUCUCCACCAUUGACCUGACCCAGACGGUACUGGGUCACGAGGUCAGCAUGCCCAUCGGCGUGGCACCGACUGCCAUGCAGGCGAUGGCGCAUCCCGAGGGCGAGUGCGCGACCGCCAGAGCGGCGGAGGAGAUGGGGGCUGUGUUCGUCCUGAGCAGCGUGUCCAACAAGAGCAUAGAGGAGGUGGCGGACGCAGCGCCACGUGCGAUCAAGUGGUUCCAGCUGUACAUCCUCAAGGAUAGGUCGAUGACAGUGAGGAUGGUGCAGCGGGCGGAGCAGGCCGGCUUCUCGGCCAUCGUGCUCACCGUGGACGCUCAGCUCUUCGGCAGGAAGCUAGCCGACGCUAGGAACGGAUUUCAGAGGCCUUCCCACCUCAGAGUGGGCAACUUCACAUCGGACACCGACCAGGCGGCCCAUCGAGGAGACGACGACUACCUGCAGGCCUUGUUCGACCCGUCGCUAACGUGGGACGACCUCAGCUGGCUGUACAGCGUCACUCGGCUGCCGGUGCUUGUCAAGGGCGUGAUGACGCCAGAGGACGCCGUCGCCGCCGCCGACCGCGGCGCCAGCGGCGUCAUCGUCUCCAACCACGGCGGCCGCCAGCUGGACGGUUGUAUUGCGACGGUGGACGCGCUGGGCCCGGUGGUGGCCGCCGUCGGCCACCGCUGUCCCGUCUUCAUGGACGGCGGCGUGCGGCGCGGCACCGACGCACUCAAGGCGCUGGCACUGGGCGCGCGCAUGGUGUUCGUGGGUCGGCCGCUGCUCUGGGGCCUGGCGCACGACGGACAGCGCGGCGCCCGGCUGGUGCUGCAGCUGCUGCACAGCGAGCUCCGACUGGCCAUGGGACUCUGCGGUGUUACGAAGGUGGCUGAUGUAACCGAAGAAAUUUUCGAGAAAUCAGAACGCUCACAGCUUUAAUGCAAGAGACCCAAGAACCAUGACCAACUGAUGAUGCUUCUACAUCUGUAGCACGCAAACGUCUAUUUUAGGGAUUUGCACAUCCUUGCUGUUAAACAAAUUUAUGAGAGAACAAGGACUGUGACGCUGCGAUGAAGACCUAAAUCAUAUUUUACAGAACGAGUCACUGGGCACGAGGGUGGCUGGUAUGCAAAGGGAUAAUGGUAUGCUCUUUGUCAGCCCAGUUGUGGUAUGCCGUGGACUGGAGCUAUGAACUAGCAGGCAAUAGGAUGUGCCUGAUACGCAGUCCUCCGUGUUUAUCAACGCUGUGUUUUAGAGGUACCACGGAGGUGGCGAGUGGUAACUGGAAAAGUUCUAGGGAUAUCCGACCGAUCACAGGUGUACCACAAGGGGCUAAAAGAGCAUUGAAAAGGGCCGAACACCCUGCAGAUAAUUGCUUAAGAAUGUGUUGUGAGCAUGGACUGUAUGCCGUCACGUAGUUAAAAAACGCACUUUGACAGUGGUGCCGCGAGGAGGAACGAUGAUGGGUACUGUGGAAUGGGGAAAUGACAUUUCAUUCGUCAAUAAAUAGGGAGCAAUGUUCACAACACUGGAAAAGCACUUCCAUAAAGCCCCAAGCGCGGCCUCAGAUUUCACUUUUCACGCGAAAGCGUUU